AACUAUGUCAAUUAAAAUAUGCUGUUUUCUUCACAAUAUAUUUGCAAAAACCAGAAGACCCUAAACGAUGUUACAAUUGGCACAUGUAAUAAUUAUAGUUGCUACAUGUACAUGUGUUGUAUUCGCCUUGACCCAGGGAGCAGAGGAGUCGAGGAGAAACCCGAACAGGAAGAGAGCUGAUACUAUAUGUCUAAACUGUGAGGAGAAUUCGUGUGACAACAACACUGGAUUAUGUGAUCAAUGUCUUAGAGGGUUUUACGGCGAGAAAUGUGAAGACACCUGUCCAAACACAUGCCCAGAAUGUGACCAGUAUACCGGUCAAUGUGUAUCCUGUAGGGACGGCUGGUUUGGUCCUCAUUGCUUCUUCAAAUGUGUUCUCUGUUUUUCUUGCCAUAUCGUCACCGGUGAAUGCACUUCCUGUAAGCCGAAAAAAUGGGGACCGUUUUGUCAACAGGACUGUGAUCGUAACUGCUAUAUCUGUCAAACACAAAAUGGAAAGUGUGUUCAAUGUGCACCCGGAUAUUACGGAAGAAGCUGUGAAAAGCGAUGUACCAACUGUUUUAGGGGUCUUUGCCGCCCAAGAACGGGAGUAUGUCAUUUUGGAUGUAAGGCUGGAUUUUAUGGUAAAUUUUGCCAGAGUCAUUGUCCUUCAAACUGUAGAUUGUGCGACAAAAACAAUGGGAAAUGCAUACAAAAGAGACCAGAGUUUGCUCGAAAAGUCCAACAACCAGAAAUCCGGACGAAUAAAUUAUCACUACAAACAUCAAUUACUAUCGAGAAAGAAAAUCAAUCAAGCUCUCAAUCUCAAGUAUCUAAGCCGGAAACUACUCCAAAAUCACCAAUCAAGGUGUCUAAAACAAGAAAGGAAAACGUGUUCAAAAAGGAUGGUCAGAAAUCACCAUCGAAAAUAUCAGGAACCCAAAGCGAGGCAAAAUUACCAACAACUACAAUUGCUAACGUUGAGAUAAGUUCUACUGUUUCAAUAAAUGAAACGGAGUCAAAUUUAUAAGCGUUUGUAAACACAGUACCAAACACUGUUGUUUCUAGAUCUGUAUCGUAUCCCAAAUAUUGCGGUACAGUAUUUGAUAAGAAGGUAACAAAAGUCUAAAUAAUUCUUUUGUCGUUACUUUACUGCAAUUAGCUAAAUCUAUCUCAAAUAAAGUUUGAGCUCUUC